ACACACACACACACAUACAAACACACACACACCUAACCUUAUCUUACCGCCUUCUAGAGUGAGAUUACUUUAUUUGUGGACUGGCUUUAAGUCGCUCACCACGCUAUGAAUUAACCAAAGCUCUGGUGCACAUUACAGAUUGUUUCAGUAUCCUGUCUAGGCAUACAUAAAAACAUAAAGUCCUCGGCUCGACUGGUGGUAUUCUAUGAUUUGGUUCUGUAAAAAUGUCCUUCUGUUGACUUUCUUCUUCUAUCUGGGUCUGUCCUUGGUGCGUAUAUAUGGAGAUGAGAUAACCAAUAUCAUCAUCAUGUGUCUGUCAAAGUAUGCUUCAGUAACUGUCGGAGUCAGUGCUGGAAUUCCCAUUCUUAUUUAUGGAUUGGCAUAUCAGGAACAAAGGAAAGGAAAGAAAAGCAAGGAUUUGGAAGAACGAAUGCAAAAUCUCAAGGAAGAAUUAAACAACGAAGAGAAAAGCCUUGAAGAUGUGAAAAAAGAAAUUAUUAACUUGAAAAACUUGGCAUUCUGUAUUAUCACGAGGAUACUGGAGAAUCAGGGAGAGCAGGUCAAUCUGGAGCUGACAGACUUACAGCCAGAGAUAGAGAAGAUCAGGGAGAAACUUCAGUCAGUGGAGAGUGAAAUAACAGAGUGUGAGAAAAGAAAUGACAUCGACAGAAAAGGAGAACUCUUGAAAGAAAAACAAAGGCUGUUAAAUGAACUGUGGAGGCCAGAGAGAAAGAAGGAACAACUGGAGAGACUGCAGCUGAACACAAAGAAACUGCUGCAGGAUGUAGGGCCAGAGGAUUUAAUAAAGAUGACAAUAGAGAUGAAAGAGAUGUUAGAGAAUGACAUUCAGCAGCUGAAGAAACAACUGGAGGAGAAAAAGAAAGAGUGGGAAGUGAAGCAGCAGUCCUGCUGUCGUAUCUGUUAAAGUUAACCAUCAUCUUUGCAGCAGGAAGCACAGCUUUAAUCAGCAUCACAUUAAUGACAGAAUGUGGUUCAAAUUCUUAAGUAACUCAUAAAUUAAACAUCAAUCAAAACAUCUCAGAGUUUCAGAUGUAAAAACAUCAUGAGGACUGUGUGGGUGUGGUCUGAUCAGAUCUAACUGACGGUGACCUUUAAUCCAACAGUCGACCAACCGUCACUGGAGUUUGAUUCAAAUAUCGUCACAUCCUGAUUGGUGCUCAUUAACACCUGACAUCACCUUUUUCACACUGAGUGCUUCUGAUUUUUUUACUUUUGUUAAGUUGUGAUUUUGUUUCUUUUCACAUUGUUGAUUUGAUUUUAAUAGAAUUCCUCUGAUUUUUUUUUAAAAAGGAAAAUAAAUGAUAGUGUAGUGAAAAUGUAAAAGGAGUUACAUGUUAAACAAGUAAAUGUUAUUGUAGGAUUUUUGUGUUACCCAACAUUACAUGUUUGCUUGUUGAGUAAAUUCUUUGGUAUUUGGUGUCAUAAAGCCCAGGGGCCAAAGGCAGCUUAUGGUUAUUCCAUCAGUACACACACUAAUACACAGUCAACAGAGAUAUGUACAUGUAUGUAACUGUACUGUAAACUUACCUGUGAAGUGGAGGGAGAGAACAUCAGAUGUUCAGUGUUCAGAUUCUAGAACAAGGAGCAGGUGGAGAGACUGCAGGGCUGAUCAGAGAAGUGGGAACAGGUGCAGGGAUGAAACACUGGAGGGAAAAACACAAAGACAAGAAGCAAAACCAUAACGGACACAACAUUUCAAUUUCAAAAUAAAACAGGAAAUGACACAAAGUCCAGGUAGUGUCACAGGUCAGAGGAAGGUCAUGACGAUUGGCUCAAAUUCAUAUUUGUCUUUUUUUUUUUCAUGGUGCAUAUUCUUAAAUAUAUAUGUCAACCUUUAACCUGCUGUUACUGUGUUUAAGCAGGUGAAACUGUCAGACCUGUCAGCGUAGAUUUUAUCAUUACAGCCUGGGACUGUAGUAGAAACUGUUUGAUGUGUUUUAUAUUUCUACACAUGGUGCAUGUAGUGUUAGUUUUUAUGUUUGUGGUGUGUUCACUUACUGACCAUAUGGAGCCUGUUUAUUUGAUAAAAAAAACUGAUGACA